AUGGACUCUCCCUUGCUCAUUCCCCAAACUUUCGUCAAUAAUACCGUUGGCGCACUUCAAAUCGGCGUUCUAGUGUCCUACGUGCUCUUUGGAAUCACAACUACCCAAGCCUAUAUAUACUAUGGUCGGUUUCCCGAAGACCCAAUAUGGAUUCGUUCCAUGGUUGCUUUAGUGUGGCUCUUGGAGGCCGCCCAAGCGGCUUUAGUUGGUUAUGUCCUAUAUUUCUACACGGUCACAGACUUCGGAGACAGGAACCAUGUUCUCCAAAACGCAUUGCCUGCUCUCAUGGUGGCGUUUAUUCUGACUGGAGCCAUUACAACUCUCGUUGAAUUGUUCUUUACCUACCGAAUCAAUCAGCUCUCACAAAGACUGUUAAUACCUAUCGCCCUCUCAGUUCUUGCUGUUGUCUACUUCAUGGGCACUCUUAGCAUCGCUAUCGCUGGUUUUAAAACGGGGACCUGGGCCGGCGCAGAAUCUCAAUGGGGAUGGGACAUUUUGGCUACAGCAAUCUUAAGCGUCGUCACCGACUUGGGUAUUUCAGCGGUAUUGGUGUUUUUGCUGUUCCAAAACCGUCAGCAAGGAACCGCGAAUACGGCCGCCAUGAUCGAUCAAGUUAUCGCGUGGACCAUCGAGACCGGCGUUGUAACCAGUCUUUGCAGUGUUCUCAUCCUGAUCUUCUACGAAAAAAUGACACAAUCCUUUGUGUGGCUUGCGGUCUUGAUCGUCAAAUCUCGAUUAUUUUCCAACUCGCUUCUAGCUAGCCUCAACUCUCGAAGCAGUCUGCGAAAGAUGACCAACGUCUCGUUGCCGUCCUCUGCCCCACAAUUUAGUCAUUCUCAAGCCGGCUCUCGCCUCGAAGACGUCGAGAUGUUUCGCGUGGAAGCGAAGCUGCACCGUGACAAUCGUUUGGGCAAGGCCGAAGCUUCGGUGUGA